AGCAAGCCACUUGCUUUAUCUAAUGUCCAUUUUCCAUGAUCAUCGAAUCAUGGUUUUGAAGAGCUUUUUGGCAAGUGGGUCCUCUUUAGUCACCUUAAAUUGCAGGUUUCUGAUGGUAAAACCUUAAAUUGCAGGUUUUUGUCCGAGAUAUCCAAGAAAUAAAUUUUGAGGCUUUCUUGGAUAUAUAUCAGUCGGUUUCUUGAAUUUCAUUUAUAUUGGUGGAGAGAGUUAGCUUCUGGCUUCAAAACAAUGGUGAACUACACUGCAGGUUCUACAAAGGUUUUGUUUCUUCUUCUUCUGUUACAGCUACGUUUCGAGAUGAUAACACCGGCCAGAAAGCUCGGCCUGUUCAACCAACCGGCCGCCUCGCGAUCAUGGUCUCCGCCACAGGCCGAGAUCGAUUUCGUCUGGUUCAACAUCAACAGGUGCAAGAACAUCGAACAGGACGCUUUCCGCCCGACCCAUCAAGGUCCUAGUCAAGGUAUCGGUCACAAAGGCCCGCCUGGUGCGCCCUGACCGCCGUUUCUAAAAGACCGGACCCUCUCUUCUCGGUUCUGUAUUUUCUGUUCUGUGAUGUUGUCCGGUUGAAAUAGCAGAGUGAGUGUGAUUGAGAUGUGUUUUUUUUACCAAGCAGAAACAAAGGUUUUGUGAUGAAACGACAAAAGGGAUAUGAGUU